ACUAUCGAUGUUUUUUUCACACGAAAUUUGUAGAGCUCGCGAGCGGAGAAACAUUUUGCUUCUUGGGCCGGAGGCCCAGUCUCUCUUAAAUUUAGACUUUUUAAGCAAAGGCGGUCGUGAUAAUAAAUAAACUAGGAAAAUAAGUCUUGAACAAUGUCUUAAUUCUGAAUCUCAUAAAAAUCUCAUUAACCAUGUAUUGGAAGAAGCUGAAGCUAUUAGUUUGGAAGAACUUUUUACUUCAAAAGAGACACAAAUGGCAGACCAUAUUCGAAAUAGCCUCGCCAGUGAUAUUUGCUAUGUUCCUUAUACUCAUUAGAAGUCUUGUAGCUCCAAAAUCUAAACCAGGAAUGAACUAUGAGUCCUUUCAACCUACAUAUUUUAAUAUCAGUGGGAGAAGUUUUGGUAACCUAACAACAGCCAGGAGAGAAGGUACUUUAGCAUUUUCCCCAGAAAGCCCAUUGACAAGGACUUUAACUAAAAAAGCCAUAGAAACAGUGGUAUUGGACAAUGUGAAUGGAUUUUUGGCAUUAUUAUUUGAUGUCAGUAUGCUGCCCGAGCCUAAAGGGUAUGCCUCCGCCAGUGAAAUGGAAAUGGCUCUGAAAGAACCUAAUGUCAUGAACCAUGUGUUAUGUGGGAUACAGUUUGAAGAUAGUAUGGCAAAGGCGACAGAAUGGCCGGACGACGUCGUGGUGACGCUGCGCUUCCCGGCGGUGAUGCGCACGCCCAUGGUGGAGCACCCGCUGCGCGCCAGCUGGCGCACCAACCUGCUGCUGCCGCUGUUCGCGCGCCCCGGCCCGCGAGACCCUGACGACUUGUACGGUGGGAAGACUCCGGGUUAUUCCGGCGAAAUGUUCCUAGCCGUCCAACACGCAGUUUCUAUAGAGAUCAUCAAAGCGAAGUCCGGGCAGCCCCUAGAGACGAAGGUGUUGCUGCAGCGGAUGCCCCAGCUGCCGUACACAGAAGACCUGCUUCUGCUGGCGAUGGAGCGGUUCAUAUCUAUGAUCAUCAUGCUCUGCUUUGCGUACACGUUUGUGAAUACCGUCAAGGUUGUCACGGCGGAAAAGGAGUUGCAGUUAAAGGAAACCAUGACCAUCAUGGGUCUGCCGAGCUGGCUGCACUGGCUGGCGUGGUUCAUCAAACAGAUCACCUACUUGAGCAUUUCCGUGCUACUGCUAGUUAUAUUGUUGAAGAUCCCCAUCAAGUCGUCGGACACGGGCGAGCGGUUCUCCGUGAUGACGCACACGCCGUGGUCCAUCCUGAUCUUCUUCUUAUUCCUGUUCAUCGUCACCUCGCUCGCUUUCAGCUUCAUGGUGUCCGUGUUCUUUGCCAGGGCAAACACAGCGGCAUCGUUCAUGGGCCUGGCCUGGUUCGCCACCUACUCGGUGUUCAUGCUGACCCAAGUACUGUAUGAAGACAUCAGCCUCACCACCAAGGUGCUGCUGAGUCUGAUCUCCAACACGGCGCUCGGGUUCGCCUUCCAGAUGCUCAUCAUGUGCGAGGGGAAGUCUGGUCUCCAAUGGUCGAACAUGUUCAAGCCGGUCUCGUACCACGACUCGUUCCAGCCCGGUCACGUGGCGCUCAUGUUCGUCCUGGACACGAUACUGUACAUGAUGAUAGCCAUGUACGUGGAGAAGAUCCGCCCGGGGCGGUACGGGGUGCCGCUGCCGUGGUACUUUCCGGUUACUAAACAGUUUUGGAGCUCGAAGAAGAGUCGGAUAGCUGCACUAAACCGGUCGACGACGGCAGCGGACGCGGAGUACAACGACGCACUACUGAAGGUGGUGCAUGAUGAGGAGCCGCAGGGGGUGCCCAUGGGCAUACAGGCUACGAAUCUCACAAAAAUAUACAGAGGGGGAAGGAAAGCAGUCGAUAACUUGAAUCUCAAAGUUUACGAAAACGAAAUCACAGUAUUAUUAGGACAUAAUGGAGCUGGGAAAACUACGACUAUAUCGAUGUUAACUGGCACAAUCCCACCGACAUCGGGCACAGCGACCAUCAACGGGUGCGACAUAGUGACGGACACGGGCCUCGCGCGCGCCUCGCUCGGCAUCUGCCCGCAACACAACGUGCUGUUCCCCGACCUCACGGCGGCGGAGCACGUGCAGUUCUACGCGCAGCUCAAGGGGGUGCGGGGGGGCGCGGUGCGGGGGGAGGUCGAACACUUUCUGAAGCUGCUCGAUUUGGAGCAGAAGGCAGACGUCCUCUCCAAGCACUUAUCAGGCGGCCAGAAGCGGCGCCUGUCAGUGGGCGUGGCGAUGUGCGGCGGCUCGCGCGUGGUGCUGCUGGACGAGCCCACGUCCGGGCUGGACCCGGCCGCGCGCCGCGCCCUGUGGGACCUGCUGCAGAGCGAGAAGAAAGGUCGUUCAAUGGUCCUAACGACCCACUUCAUGGACGAGGCGGACUACCUCGGCGACCGUAUCGCCAUCAUGUCCGGCGGCAAGCUGCAGUGCGUGGGGACACCCUACUUCCUCAAGAAACACUACGGCCUGGGGUACAAACUGACGAUAGUGAAGGGAGAUAACUGUAAUGUGGAGGAUGUGAAUCGGUUCUUGAGAGGACAUGUGGCGGAUGUUAAAGAGAAUACUAAUAUUGGUUCAGAGCUGACAUACAUCCUGCUCAAAGAGGACGUCACCAAGUUCCCGAACCUACUCAAGGCGUUUGAGGAACAGAAGGCGGCUCUCAAUGUGACCAGCUACGGACUGUCGGUUACCACGCUAGAAGAGGUGUUUAUGAAGGUAGGAGCGGAGAGCAGCAAGUCGCCGGCCGAGUCCAGCGCGUCGGGCUCCCGAAACUACAGCGGGGUGCACUUCAACAACAACGGCAACGGCAUGGUGCGACCGCUCACUGAGGUGGAGCAUGGACAUAACGAUAUGGAGUUGCUACAGAAAGUGAGAGGCUUCAAGCUGCUACGAAACCACAUAAAGGCGAUGUUCCUCAAAAUGUUCUACCACACGAAGCGAAAUAAACUCACCAACAUCAUACAGUUCCUGUCGCCCGUCAUCAACAUCAUCCUGUCGGUCAUCAUCGCUAGAUCCUGGAACUUCCUGUCGGAACUACCCCCGCUUACCCUAUCGCUGGAGAACUUUAAGAAAUCAGAGACUUUACUGUCAGAAAAUAGUCUAGUAGCGGGCAGUUUGGAAGAGGAAGCGUAUAGAGCGUUCAAGGAUUUCUAUAAGGAGUCGCAUCAGCCCAAUAUGAUUUUGAACGAUUUGGGUGCGGCUGAUUUGGGCCAGACGUACUUAAAAAUGAUGAAGUCAGACUCAGACCGCAUGCGAAUGGAAACCUUCACCGGAGCGACCUUCGGCUCCGGCACCAUAACAGCCUGGUUCAGUAACUACGGCUACCACGACUCGGCCGUGGCGCUGGCGGCCGUGGACCGCGCGCUCAUGCGGGCGCGCCUGCCCAACGCCACGCUCACAGUGAGGAACCACCCGCUGCCCUACUCUAUUGAGAAUCUGGUUCGAGUGAUGGCGACAGGGAGCAGUAUGGGCUUCCAAUUCGCCUUCAACAUCGGCUUUUGUAUGGCAUUCGUCACUUCGUUCCUAGUGCUGUUCGUGAUAAAGGAGCGGAUAACGGGUGCGCGACUUCUUCAGCGCAUCUCUGGCGUGCGCGCGGCGGUGUUGUGGGGCGCGGCCUUCGUGUGGGACUGGCUGUGGCUGCUGCUGGUGUACCUGUGCGUGGUGGCCACGCUCGCCGCCUUCCAAGAGACCACGCUCUCGACGCCUGAGGAGCUGGGUAGAAUACUGCUAGUGCUGAUGGCGUUCUCGGUGGCGAUAAUCCCGCUGCAUUACCUCGCCUCGUUCUACUUCGAGUCGGCCGCCACAGGGUUCGCUAAGAUGUGCUUUCUUAAUAUAUUCUGUGGAUCGAUGCCCUUCCUGAUAACGGAAGUGCUGCGACUCCCGGAGGUGGGCAGUCCGUUCUACGCCAACAUCUUCGACUGGAUAUUCUCGCCGCUGCCCAUCUACUGCCUUAGUCGGAGCUUCAGAGACAUGAGCAUGUCGUCGUUCGCGAUCCUGGCGUGCGACGGGCUGUGCGCGCAGUUCGCGAACAUUCGCAACUGCACGCGCGACACGAUUUGCCGCUCGCUCAACAUCACCGUGUGUUGUAUAAAAGACGACCCGUACCUAGACUGGCACGAGCCGGGCAUCGGCCGCUACCUGUUCACCAUGACGAUGGUGGGGAUUGCCGCCUUCGCACUACUCAUGUUGAAGGAGUACCAGUUCAUUGAGAAGAUAUGCUACAAGCCGAAGCCCCGCGCCCCGCUGCCCCUCGACCCCGACGAGGACAGUGACGUGGCGGCCGAGCGACAGAUCAUAGAGAACCUCAAGAAGAACGACGCAGAGAAGUACAGUCUCGUGUGCAAAGACCUUACGAAGUAUUAUAAGGACUUCUUGGCGGUGAAUCGACUCACUUUUGGCGUCCGCAAGGCGGAAUGCUUCGGCCUGCUCGGCAUAAACGGCGCCGGAAAGACCUCCACAUUCCGUAUGCUGACAGGAGACACAGACAUCAGCGCCGGCGACGCUCUCGUGCACGGCAUCUCCAUACACGGACACAUGCACCAGGUGCACAGGGUCAUCGGUUACUGCCCUCAAUUCGACGCACUGCUAGACAACCUGACAGCUCGCGAGACGCUGCGCAUCUUCUGCCUGCUGCGCGGCAUCCCGGCGCGCGCGGGCGAGCGGCGCGCGCGCAGCCUGGCACACGCGCUCGGGUUCACACGACAUUAUGAUAAGAGGAUCCACGCGUGCAGCGGCGGCACGAAGCGCAAGAUCAGCACGGCGGUCGCGCUGCUGGGUGACGCGCCGCUCGUGCUGCUCGACGAGCCCACCACGGGCAUGGACCCGGCAUCCAAACGCCUGGUCUGGGAGUGCAUCAGCGCGAUGGUGCGCGGCGGCCGGGGCUGCGUGCUGACGUCACACAGCAUGGAGGAGUGCGAGGCGCUGUGCUCCACGCUCACGGUCAUGGUGCGAGGCCGCCUGCACUGCCUCGGCCCGCUCCAGCACCUCAAGAACAAGUUCUCGCAAGGUUAUACGCUGGUAGUGAAGUCCAAGUCCGGGCCCAACCGAGACGAGACGUCUGCUGAAGUGCAGAACUACAUCAUGGCUGAAUUCCCAGGAGCUAAGUUUAUCGAGAAGUACCUCGGCAUCAGCACAUACUACGUCGCCUCGACCACCCCCUGGUGGAAAGUGUUCAGCCUGAUGGAAGCAGCCACGCAGAGGUUCGCCAUCGAGGACUACUCGGUGUCGCAGACCACGCUCGAGCAGGUGUUCCUGCGGUUCACGCGCCUCUACGGACACGACGACAGGACCAGCUAAUUGUGUCAACUGAUACAGGGUGCUCGAAAGUUGGAGUUUGGAUUGUUAAGUUACGUAACUAACAAAGAGUAUAUUGGAAAAGCAAAUUGUUCAGGAUGACCCCCGAUUUCGCUUAUUUACUUUUGAACCACCCUGUAUGAAUAAGCCCAGUAUCUCGCUUGAGGUUAAGCACAGCAAAGGUAGCGAAAGCAGCGCUGCGAUUGGCCAAAUUGUCGGUGCGCAAGACUUAAGUUUUUGCGUAUAGAGUUUUACACAAAUGAGAAACUGGGCAUAAGACUUGUUGCAUAUAAGUACAAUAAUGGCAGUGUCGCAUGUGACAUUGGGUAUGUUGUGGUGUGUCCGUGGCUGUACUUAGUUUAAUUUUGGCGCUGCAGAACUUUGCUGUUCGAUGUUUUUGUAAAGUAAAGUAACUAAUAUUAUUUUAGAUUUUGGUGCAUGGGCCUAAGGCAUUUAAUAAUGAGAGUAGAGUCACUUGAAUGUAAUACCUAUUGGUAGGCAAACAGUACGAAACUUUCAUUUCUAUUCUUAGAACAUUGUAUGUAAUAUACUAUUGUUGUUCGAAUGGUAAAGUUCUAGCAGAGUUUAGGCAAUAUGAUACAGAUCGUAACUGUAAACGGGUAUUAGAUAACAAAUAUAUGUAUAACCAAGUAAACAUUACAAGUAGAUACAGUUGCCACGAUACCUUUGCAUUUGUGGUAUAAGGUAUAACGCGCACAGAUAAAGACAUAUGGAUAUGGUGGCUUGAGCCCAGCUGCUAUCUUCGUACUGUUUCUUUAUUCACGUGGGUUAUACAUCCUGUAUAUUCACGUCGUGGGUUAUACAUCCUGUAUAAC